AUGAGGAUUCUCUAUUUUCUUCUGAUCGCUCUGUGUUUGCUCUUCACCCCAGUUGCCCCAGAUGUUGGCCACAGGUCUGACCAUUACAAAUGUGCCACCAAAGGAGGAACCUGUAACUAUUCUCGUUGCCCACGCAAUAACAGAUUAGAAGGCACUUGUUACGGUGGAAAAGCCAAGUGCUGCAUCCGUAUAUACUGA